GUGCCCCGGUGCUCAUUGUGCAGCCGAGGAAACAUCGCAAGGUUUCGACGACGUUGGUAUGAAAUGGCAGAAACUGCUUGUGUCGCGGAAGCACAAAGAUUAGGUUGCGUUGAAGCUACACAUGUCUUUUGCAAUGAUCCUGGCCUGCUAGUGUGAGGGAAACGGGAGCGUAUCCGGAGGAAAAAAGGGAUUACAGAGCUGUUUUUUCUCUGAAAAAAAAAAAAAAAAAAAAAAAAAAAAAACAACAAAAAAACGUCCGGGGUUGUGUCUCUCCAGCGGGCAGCAAACGGAGACUGCGGGUCGACACUGUUGGAAUUAACCGGAGAGGGUCUUGAGAGGAGAGCUCCACUUGGAUGCCCAGUCACAGCGUUUGUCCAAGGCUUCACCAUGAACCGGAACAAGCGUGAAAAGGAGUACUACAGUAUAGAUGUGGGCGAUUCAACUUUUAUGGUUUUAAAGCGCUACCAGAACCUCAGACCCAUCGGAUCCGGAGCACAGGGAAUCGUCUGUUCAGCGUAUGACCACAACUUGGAGAGGAACGUCGCCAUCAAGAAGCUGAGCCGGCCCUUUCAGAAUCAAACUCACGCAAAACGGGCCUACAGAGAACUGGUGCUCAUGAAAUGUGUCAACCACAAGAACAUUAUCGGCCUAUUAAAUGUAUUCACACCACAGAAGACACUGGAAGAAUUCCAAGAUGUGUAUCUAGUGAUGGAGCUGAUGGAUGCCAACCUCUGCCAGGUGAUUCAGAUGGAGCUGGACCAUGAGAGACUCUCCUACCUGCUCUACCAGAUGCUGUGCGGAAUCAAACACCUGCACAGUGCCGGCAUCAUACACAGGGACCUGAAGCCCAGCAACAUCGUGGUGAAGUCUGACUGCACACUGAAGAUCCUGGACUUCGGCCUGGCCAGGACAGCCGCCACCGGCCUCCUCAUGACGCCCUACGUGGUCACCCGCUACUACCGCGCCCCCGAAGUCAUCCUGGGCAUGGGAUACCAGGCCAAUGUUGAUGUCUGGUCUGUUGGCUGCAUCAUGGCUGAAAUGGUCCGGGGUAGUGUGUUGUUUCCAGGCACUGAUCAUAUCGACCAGUGGAAUAAGGUGAUCGAACAGCUGGGCACGCCGUCUCAGGAGUUCCUGAUGAAGCUCAACCAGUCAGUGAGGACCUACGUGGAGAACAGGCCACGGUAUGCUGGCUACAGCUUCGAGAAGCUCUUCCCUGAUGUCCUGUUUCCUGCAGACUCUGAACACAACAAACUGAAAGCGAGCCAAGCCCGAGACCUACUAUCUAAGAUGCUGGUAAUAGACGCGUCAAAGCGGAUCUCAGUGGAUGAGGCUCUCCAGCACCCUUAUAUCAACGUGUGGUACGACCCUACUGAAGUGGAGGCACCACCACCCGUGAUCACAGACAAGCAGCUGGAUGAGAGAGAGCACACAGUGGAGGAGUGGAAAGAGUUGAUAUAUAAAGAAGUGUUGGACUGGGAAGAAAGGACAAAGAAUGGCGUCAUCAGGGGACAGCCAGCGUCCAUAGCACAGGUGCAGCAGUGAGCAGCAGCCCGCAGCAGCACCACCAGCACCACACCUCCACGUCCUCCUCCGCCGACGUCUCCUCCAUGUCCACUGACCCGACCCUGACCGACACCGACAGCAGCCUGGAGACGGCCAGCGCCGCCGCUGUCCCCGCCGCCGCCGCUGCUGC